AUGAACCCUAGAAUAUUUCCGACACUCUAGAUUCCCUUCCUCGCACCACCUAUCUAGGAAACACCAAAGAAAAGUGGCAAUGUCGAUCUCAAACGAAGCGUUGCAGAAGUUACUACGGGAGGUUGAGACGCAGGCAAUCGCCGCGCAACAACAAAUUUCUCUAGUCCGAACUCAACAAGCUUCUAAGCAGCGCGAAUUACGUAUGGCACAGUUAACGCGCACCGAGGUAUCUUCAUUACCGGUAGACACCAACGUUUAUGAGGGUGUUGGCAAGAUGUUUGUCGCCUUACCUGUCUCCAGCAUGAAGAGCAAGCUGGAGGCUCAAAUCAAGGAAGCUGAAGGUGAGGUAGAUGGAUUAGGGAAGCGGCUUCACUAUCUCGAGGUUUCGCAGAAGAAUAGCAAGGACCAAAUCGAUCGCAUGCUUAGGGGUGGUGUGGGUGCCUCUUAGUUGGUUUUUUUUUCAAAGGAAAAGGAAAGAGGGUAAACAUUUGUAUAUGUCCAUCCAUUAUUGUUUGUUAAUAGUAUAGUACAACCUAUUUACCAAAUACUUUCAUUUAAAA